CUCCAGUAACGCAUUGAACGUGAAGUUUCCGGUAAAUAUUUUGUUAAUUUCUCUAUCACAAAACAUGCAGUUUUAUAGGUUGAUUAAUACCAGAAAGUACGCAAAACACUUCGUACACCAUAUCUCAAUAAAACAAUAGUGUAAUUCCAACCCAACUCACAAUUCACAACGUACAACACGUCAGAAAAAAAACAGGAACGAAUGUGCCGGCAUCUUGAAAUUGAAGGCGUCUUGUUGAGCAUAUUCGGAAAUGGUAAACAGUGAUUAUUAAACAGUGCGUGUUGUUCAAAAUGGGGGUCCACGACUUACAAGUUUACCUCGAAAGCCCCAGUUUAGAAGGAGGCGCGGUCUCGGUGGAUUUGUUGAAGAUCGCCAGAAACGUGACGCAGAGGCAGCAACCGCAUAACACGAAUCGAAAAAUUAGACCCAUCGGGAACAAACUCAAACUCAUUGUAGAUGCGGAAAAUUGCUUAGAUAGGUUAUACGGUGGAUAUUUCUCAGAUUGGGCUUGCGGCGGCCAAUGGAAUCGAAUGAUUCAGUUCCAAUCCUUAUUAACAAGAGCUAUAGAACGGGGUAAUAUCGAAUUGGCUGUGGUUUUUAAUGGUACGAUAGAGUCAUGUAGAAUGAAUGAGUGGAUUGCCGAACAGGCAAACAAUAGGCAGAAAGUGGGAAUGGUUUUAAAACACAUAAAUACCAAAGCUACGCCACCUCCGAAAGUUUGGUGGACCCCACCAACUUGUCUUAGAUCUGCGUUAAGGAUGGCUUUGCGACACCUUGGAGUUACUGUGAUGUGUACAAUGGAUGACCACCACCAGGAAGUAAUAGCUUACUGCAGAGAAUACGGUUUCCACGGGCUUUUAGCGGACGAUGCCGAAUACGCAGCCUUUGACCCCCCGCGUUAUUUUUCGUCAGAGAAUUUAAAAUUAACAUACAAAGGCUCUCUCGAGACCAAAGAAUACAUGGUAAACGAACUAACUAAAUCACUUCAAUUAACUCAAGAACAGCUUUGUGUAAUGGCAGCUUUAAUGGGUAAUUUUCUGUUAACUGAGAGCGAUUUACAAGAUUUUCAUAAAAAAAUCGGUAUUACGAACGUGAUAAGGGACAACGUGUCGCCGCCGGAAUGUAACGUGAAGACGUUGGCUGACUUCGUUCGAAAACUGCCGCCUCCUUCGAAUAUGGACGCCUUGGUUGGCGCCAUACUUUCAUAUCUUGAUGAGAAUCGUGCCUCGAAGUUUAGACAGUCGGUUCAGUACUACCUCAACGGUACAGCUAGUGGGUUUCUUAAGUAUUGUGCUCCACCUUCUACACCCAAAGAAAAAAAGGGUCACAGCAAUGUACAAAAUAACAAUGAAAUAAGUCACAAAGAAAACGAUAACGAUUUAGAGGUUUUGGGUGCGGGUUUCGCCUCUGAAACCACAGAGCAGGAGGAAGAAACUCUUCACAAUUAUAAGUUAGCAACGGUUAAUUUAGUUAUGUCGUCCGAUUAUACUCUGGAUCAAAAUGGAACAAUCGGUAAUUCACACAGCGAUCCUUCUCACUUUAAUGGACUCUUGAAUGGAUCUAUUCCUAAUACUAACCAGAAUAUCGCCAGUACUAGCGGAACUAGAGUCAAUCUUCUAGUCAGUUCGAGCAGUUCAAAUACCAGUAGUGUUCCGUCAUCACCGAAACAUUCUGCACAGUCUUCUCGUCCAGCAGUUGUUUCGCAAAACUUGGUAACUCCGACCAUUUCGCCCGACGUCCUCCGAACGGCGUCUCUCCGCCACCAGAAAGGCCUGAUGGCCUCCAUGAUCCUGCACGUCCUCAGCACCCAAGAGGUGCGCUUACCGUGCCUCAUGGAAGACGAAGGCAACCGCGAGUUCCCCCCCAUCCACGAUAUCUACCAGCCGCUCCGGCAGCGCGUCUACGCAGUAUUGUUCAACCUGCACCACCUCCGGUACGUCCAUACGAAGAAAAAAGAAUCGGGCGAAUUGCCCGAAAACUCCCCUCAACCCGAGAUCGUCGUCAAAGAGUGGAUAUACAGCCGUUCCAAUCCGUACCAGUACCCCGAACACGUAAAAGCCGAACCCCUACCUUGGGCUGUUCCGACAUUGCAAAGAUUAUGGUUCGGUCCCGCUCUCGACGACAAGCGACGAAGAAUGAGGGCGCUUUUAUCUUGUUUAAAUUCCGAUACUCCUCUUAUAUUGAAUACCGGAUACGUGCCUCAGCAUAUGCUAAUAAUGGCGUGCGUUUUGCGGUAUAUCAUGUCGCAAGAUAAGCCCAUUAUGAGGAGACACGAACUGGACGCUUUUCUGUGCCAGGCUUUUAAUGUUGAUCUCAUGAAUCCUCAGUACCUUCAGGAGUUAACACUCACGGUUGUCACAAGUAGAGGGGUUCAAUUGGCGGCGCUUUUCAUGCAAGGGGUUGAAAUGGCCUUGUUGGCUAACGACGCUUGUGGCGCACCACUUCCAUGGCUCAUGUGUUGUCCUUGGUUGUAUUUCGACGGGAAGUUGUUCCACCACACGUUGAACAGAUCAACACACUCGAAAAAUAUACUGGAGGUCUGCGAGAAUCACAUUGAGAGGGUCGUCAAGGUGGAGCGGAUGAGGAAAGCUAUUUUGGAGGGGUUGGACGUGAAGUUUGCAAAGGUUCCUUUAGCUCCGUUUGCAGGAAUGAUGCGACAAGGUUUACCACCUCCGCAAGGCCUGCCCACAAUGCCUCUACCCUCCAAUAGAAUUCCAGCGGGCAUGCGCCCGCGUCCUAUCUCGUCAAGAGGUGGCCAAUUGCAGGUAGCGGGGGUCGUUGUGGGUUCGUGGGGGGCGAAUUACGGUUACCAAAAUAUGAGGCAGCAAGCACCCAUCGUCGGUUAUCAGGGUAGAGGGCGUGGAGUGAUGGGAGGUCCUCCAGGUCCGAGUAAUUUUAACCAACAAAAUAUAGCAAGAGGUCGAGGGCAGCAACGAAAACCAGGACCGCCCACUUUUCCGGUGAAUAAAAGAAAUAACGCAAAUAAGAAACGUAACAACACUAACAAGCCUAACAACAGAAACCAGACAAGCCAGGAACAUCACACUCUUACGGUUAAAACCGAAAGCGGAGACAUUCCAGCUGACGAAAUAAUAAUAAAUAACGACGGUACGGUGAGUACGGCAGGUAAAACAGAAGACUGCAUCAAGGGUAAUAGUGAUCAUAAAGGUCAAGGAGACGCUCCGAAUUUAGUUAAUACUUCUCACUAAAAGCGAAGUCGAGUGUCUGUGUUGUGUUUGUUGUUUUCUAUCGCUGGAUUUUGUUUUAAUUAUUUUAAGUCUACUUUAGUUACGAACCUGCAGAGACCCAACACGUGGGAGUUUAGGAGCCUUAUUACCAUUGAAUCAAGUGUUUGAAACAAAGUGGAAGACUCAAAAGUGCGAGUGUCUCGCGUCUAUCAUAGUGACUGGUUUUUUAAUCGCGUUAGCUCAACAACGAUUAUCUAAAAAGCAGUGUUGGUGCGUUGAUGUUUAGAUAGAUAUUAACUAAAGGUAAGGGAAGGUAGUGCCGACACUGCUUAAGCUGUGUUCAGAUGACUCUGAAACGCUGACUGAUUGUUUGAGAGCAUAUGUAUAUUUUUCUAUGUUUGUUACAACUGUUAUAAUUAUAUAUUGACUGAGAGAGUGCUUUUAGCACUGCUGUGAUCAUAUUUAUGGUAUUUAUACGUUUAGAUCUGUUGUUGGAUCAACAAGAUAAAUUGUUGCGAAAUUUUCAGAGGAAUUGCCGGCAACGAUUUAUAUUGUUAGAAUUGAGAGAUGGUUUAAGGAUGGUUCUCAUUAUGAAGUCGUGACCUUUCGGUAUAUACCAUUUGCAGAAAUUGUAAACCGACCUUUAAACAAGUUAUUAGCAAAUGUUUUGCAACGCUCUGUAUUUGAAGUUCGACAUUAAAUCUUGUCCAUUACUGUAAGACAACAACUUUAAUAUCAUGCACAGAAUUCAUGUAAAGUAACAAAUUUUGAUGUUAAAAUGUUGAGACGAAAUUACUUUUCCACUGAAAAGGAAUUUUUUGCUGUUUAACAAUGACUUGCGCUAUUGCUCAUGGGAGACAAUAUAGCCGAAAAUUAACUGAUAUUCGAAAGAAAACAGAUGUCAAAAAAUGGAAAUGAAAAAUUAAAUUAAUCCAUACUUACAUUUUAUGUAGCUGUUUAUUGACUAUACACAUGUAGAGAAAAAGGAAACAAAUUACAUAAUUUAGCUCACCAAUAAUAGACAUUGUAUUAGUAAUUUAUCCGUUCUGGAUGGAAUAAUUGUAAUGUUCAUGAAAUGUGUAAUCUUUUUGUUAUUGAAAAAAAAAAGUUACUACGAUUAUGCUUUCUUUUAUAACGAUGGUGUAAUAAUAUACUGCUGAUGUAUUCUUUCUUUUUUUUUUGUUUUUUUAAAUAAUGCUUAGUUUUGGGAUAUGAACCAACAUUUUUUUUUAGAGUUACUUUGUUAAUUGAUUUACUAAUUACGCAACGCAAGCCCUUUUUUAAUCAUUAUGAUGUAUACCUAUGCUUAAUCUAUUUAGAUAUUUGGAAAGUAUGUAGAGUAUUUACAAUUUUUUGUUCUAACUGAUAUAUUUAACUUUAUAUAUGUGUAUAUUGGCUCUAUGGGUGAAAGGGCAUCCAUAUGAAUAAAUAUUAAAAUACAUAUAUUUAGAUAAACUAGUACGUGAUUUUAGAAAACUUGGGACAAUAUCACAGAAUUUCAUUGUUCAUUUCUUCAAUUUAAUUUUCGGGAUAAAAUAUCAAUGUCUCAAAUAACGCUUAUUGUCUUGAUGUAACUUUCUGAAAUCACCAUAAAUUCAAAGUUUACACUUUUUUCUUGUAAUUUAUAAUUAUAUAAAAUAAAACAAUUUAGUUGUUUUGUAAUGAUUUAAGGGCUGCCGCUGCGCUCCUAACUCAUUACGAAUAAUUAAAAUGAGAUUUGAUGUGGCUGAUAUGCUGGAAAGGUACCACCAAGUAUCUGUACGAUGCAGAUGAAAAAAGUUUGAUUGAUAA